CGAAAUUGAUGGAGACCCCGAUCGACCUCAUCCUGGCUGGGGAGAGGAGCCUACAGCUCAUCCUGACCCUCCUUGACGGAGAGUUCUGUGUGGUGUGAUGUAAGACCACGCUUUCUGGCCUGGAGCAUAGCUAUGAACGUGCAAUGAGGGGCUUUCAGUUCCUGCAGCUACCCACAUGACGUAGCUAUUCGUUUUACUUUCGGUACUGAGCAAGAAGUUUUGAGCUCCCUCAUAUAACCACAUCUCUCCUGAGGAUCCUUUUCAGAAAUUAAAUCGCACCCUCAAACAAAAAUAUACCCGUGCGUCUUUGAACAAAGCCCAAAUCGCAAUAUCAAAGCAAAAUCAUAGAAUACAUUUCCGCUGGUCUCCAUACUGUCCUAUCACUGUUAAAGCACAUCGCCAACAUGGCAGAUAUCGCGCAAAGACCAAUGCAGCAGAACUUGCCAAGGCAGUCCAAACAAAGCAGCCUGGCUGGUUCUCCCCAAGCUGCCAAAAAGAAGGCAACCGAAGCUGCAGCACCAGCGUCAAGUCAUAUCGAUGAUGUUCGAAGCCAGACUCACGAGGCAACUGAUAACGGAACACAAAAUGUUGACGAACUCGAGACGGUCGAUGAUGAGGAGGAAGGAACUGAAGCUGCGGGCAGCGUUGACGAAGAGGGACGAGUUGUAGAUGAAACAGGAAAGGUUGUUGGACAUGUCACUGGCGAAAAAGCUAAACAGCUAAAAGGAUCCAUGGUGGAUAAAGAAGGUGACGUCUUAGAUGCCGAGGGCAACGUGAUCGGAAAAGCCGAUUUGAUCGCUGAAGCUAUUGGUGGCUUGGAAUCCGAGAAGCCUGAUGUCGAAGCACCUGAACUCGAGGCACCAUUCGGCGUACAGGACAACGGCGAGAUCACAAAUGCGACAGGUACCGUGAUUGGGAAACUCGCAGAAGGAGAACCCCGGGAGCUUGUAGGGACCUCGAUCAAGGAAAUUGACGCUGAAGGCAACUUGAAGGGUGAAAGUGGAAGCACCAUUGGCAAAGCAGAAAUCACACCUGACGUGCUUGAAAAGGCCGAAGGAGCUGGCUCUGAACUCGGCUCAAAACUGCCUGAAGAUGCCAAGUCUAGAGUCGAAGGCGUUGAAGGGGAGCUCCCCGAAGGUGAAGAAGCUAAGGACAAAGUAGAAGGUGUAGAGGGCGAACUUCCCGAGGGCGAAGACGUCAAGGACAAAGUCGAGGGUACCGACGGUGAACUUCUAGAGGGCGAAGAAGCCAAGGACAAAGUGGAGGGUCUUGGAAGUGAAGUUCCCGAGGAUGCCAAAUCAAAAGUCGAAGGUGUCGAGGGCGAACUACCUGAGGGCGAAGAGGCCAAGGAAAAAGUGGAGGGUCUCGAAGGUGAAGUUCCCGAGGAUGCCAAGUCAAAAGUCGAGGGUGUCGAGGGCGAGCUUCCCGAGGGCGAAGUUCCAGACCUGUCAAUCCUGAAAGGAAAGACCGUAAACAAGCUCGGGAAGAUCGUGUCUGAAGACGGAACUCCGUUCGGUGUUCUCGUAGAGGGCGAUCCCAAGAAGCUACUCGGCAAGAAGGUUGACGAUAAAGGUUGUAUCUGGGACGAUACCGGCAAGGUCAUUGGAAAGGCAGAAUUGUUGCCAGAGACGGACCGUGAAGCCGAGCCGUCUGCACCUUUUGAAGACUUCCCAGAUGCCGUCCUCGACAAAUCGGGUAAUGUCAUGUUCGAAGGCCGAAUUGUGGGCAAGCUCAUCGAGGGCGAGGCCAAGAAGUUGGAGGGCAAGAAAGUUGACGCCGAUGGAGAUGUCUUGGAUAAGAACGGCAACGUCCUGGGGAAGGCUGAGCGUUACCAAGAAGAGGACGCUCCAGAGGAGGUCCCAGAGGAAGUUGAGGAUCUCUCCGCCAUGGAAGGGAUGAAGGUUAACAAGGCCGGAAAUGUCGUCGAUGAUAACGGCAAGCUUUUCGGUCGCGUUGUGUCCGGCGCCCUAGCCAAGCUCAUCGGCAAGAAGGUCGACAAGGAUGGCAAGAUCUGGUCCGAAUCGGGCAAAGUCAUCGGCACCGCAGAACUUAUUCCUGUCGACGAAAGAGACGAGAUCACAGGAAAGCCAUUCGAAGAUUUCCCAGACGCAGUUAUCAACAAGGAGGGUCACGUCAUCUACGAAGGCCAGAUUGUUGGCAAAUUGGUCGAGGGAGACGCGAAAAAGCUCAUCGGGAAGAAGAUCGACCCAGACGGAGAGGUCGUCGAUAGGGUUGGCAACGUACUUGGCAAGGCCGAAAGAUGGGAUGGACCUGAAGAGGAGGCCGUCCCUGAGCCAGAGAAAAUUGACAUGUCGGCUCUGGCCGGUAAGCGCGUCAACAAGGUCGGCAACGUCGUGGAUUCCCACGGUGAAAUCUAUGGUCGCCUGGUCGAGGGAGAUCCCAAGAAACUUGCAGGUAAGAUGUGCGACAAGGAUGGCAAUGUCUGGAGUGAAGGCGGAAACAUCGUUGGUCGUGCUGAACUUGUUCCUGAGAGCGAGAGAGCGGGCCAGAAGGAAGGUCCAUUCGCUGGAUUCGACUCCCCGAAAGUCACCAAGGACGGAUUGGUCGCUGACUCAAAUGGCGUUACGAUCGGUCGUCUCAUACAGGGCGACGGAAAACAACUCUAUGGCAAGGAGGUUGAUGAUGAUGGAGAUGUAUUGGACAAAAAUGGCAACACAAUCGGUCGUGCUGAGAGAUGGGAGCCAGAAGAGAAACAGAAGGCACACAACCCUGUCGCUGGCCGAAAGGUCAACCGCGAGGGCAAUGUCGUUGACGAAGAUGGAGAUGUGAUCGCAAAAUUGACAGACGGCGACAUCACAAAGUGUGCUGGCAAGGAGAUUGACGAAGAUGGCGACGUCUAUAAUCUCAAAAACCAAGUCAUCGGCCACGUAACUCUCCUCGAGGACAUCCCGCCUGAGCCUGAGGCAGAGCCAGAGCCAGAGCCAGAGCCAGAGCCAGAGCCAACAGAGUCUCCCGAGGAGAUUGCAGAGCGCAAACAACUUGAAAUGGAUAAGAAGCUCGCUGGCCAAUUGGCUAUGUGUAUUCAACAAUCUCUUGAUAAGAUCAACCCCAUCUUGAAGAUGAUCACAGAGGCUAUCGACGCCGCCGAGCGUCAACCAAAAGAGGAGCUCGACGAGCAGAAAUUGGUCGAUACCGUCAAGCCACUCAUCGAGCAAGGCGGUCUAAUCUUGACUGAAGCAAACGGUGUUAUCCGUGGCCUUGAUCCCGAUGGACGCAUCCAAGCCAACGCCAAGCACAAGACAGCUGCCAGAGAAGCCACCCCAGAAGAGUACCGUCUCGCUGAAGUCCUCAAGGAGCUGGCUGGAAACGUUACUCAAACCAUUGACAAUGCUAAGAAGAAGAUCGCGGGCAUGCCUCAUGCCAAGAAGGAGUUGAAUCCUCUGUGGAACUUGUUGGCUGAACCACUUGGUCAGAUUAUCGCAGCUGUUGGUUUGCUCCUCAGCGGUGUGUUGGGUCUUGUUGGUAGACUUCUGGCUGGCCUCGGUCUCGGUGGUCUCCUUGACAACCUCUUGGGUGGUCUUGGUCUCAAAGGCAUUCUCAAAGGUCUUGGUCUUGGAAUGGUCACGGAAUCACUCACUGGAAAGAAGAACUAAAAAGGUUGCGAUUGUAUGACUUAUGAAUUGUUCACUGUAAUGUUAGCUUGGGAAUUGGUUGAAAAUUGGAUCGUGCUUGUAUGUAGUUUAGUUUAGUUUGGGUUUAAUGGAUGCCUUCAAUGGGAUGUCUUGUGCCAAG